AUCGUCCGUUUCUCCGAGUUUCCCGUUUUUCUCGUUUUUCUACUGGUUUCUUCGGUCAUCCGUAUGGCUUAAACACUCCUUGUAAACUUUAUAAUCUAAUAUUCUUUAGGUAACAUUGUCACUAAUUAUUCAAUAAGAAGUUUUAUAUUUUUAACAAUGAGCUACGAUAAAACAUCUCUAGUGGUGGAAACCUUACAACCGAAUGAGGAACGGAUAAACAAUAUUAUGUCGGAAAUCACUCCCCCUCGCAAGCAAAUCAUUCUUAAAUACUUCCGCAUUAAUCCAGAUUUUCUUCGUCGGCCUGGUUUGUUCCCAAGAACUCUGAAUCUGGUCUGUAGUGAUCUUGCGGGAAGUAAACUGCAAAUAUCUAGCACGGAAGUGCUAGAAGUAAUUGAAUGCUGGAAGCAACGAGUAGUGGAUAUUGAUGUGACAGCGUGUCCACCAUGGGAUGGUGAGCUAAAACGCCUUUUGACAGCAGUCGAUACACGAUUAACGCAUACCCAGAUUACAACAAUUCUGCAACACCUUGAAGUGGUCGGAAGCGACAGCGAUACACUCUGGCCAACAAUAGCAGUUGAAAUGCGAGCACUAAAGUUUUCCUCUCGACCGGAAAUAUAUUGGCGACGUGUGUUCGAAGAGUGGUGUCAAGAAGCCCGCAAAAUGUACCAGAAAGAUGCAGACAAUCUAUCAGCGUUGCAACAGCGUUAUAUUGAUUACCUUAAAAACCGUAGCCAAUUACAGUCGGAAGAGGCAGAAUUUCUACAUGAGGACGGAGUUGAAUGUGGGGUGGAUGCAUUUGAAUUAAUUAUCAAUCAUUGCCGAACCUGCUUACUGGUACUGAAAGUUGGCAGUAAAAAGUGUUAUUUGUUUGAGGCGCACGGUUCUAGGACAACACUUGCCGACAAAAUAAAUGGCUGUUUUGGGAGUGCAAUUAAAUUAGAAGACAAACUUCCAAAAUAUGUUUGUGACCAAUGUGUCACUCAAGUGGAAGCAGCAUACACUAUGAAAAUGCAAAUAGAACGAACGGAUGACGAGUUGAGGAAUUUGCUGGCAGAGUACGAGAGAAGAGACGAGGAUAAAUUGGCGAAUAGUGAACUCUCUAUAGUCGUUGAACAAGUAACAGCAGAAGUCUUGCAAACAGUUGAAUUUGGUGAACAAGUCGUGUGCACCGAAACGAUAGAGGAUCAGCUGAUAGAAGAUGCCCUAUCGGAGGAAGAAGUAGAAAAGAAUCUAGAAAGUUUAAGGAAUCCUAAAGAUAAUGAGAUGAAAACGAGAGUUACAAUUUUAGACGUUAAAAAUAUGAAAAAUAUCGAAAUAAUUGAAGAAACAGAGGAGUAUUACGAGGAAUUAGAAGAUGAGGAUGCAAGUUAUCAGAUUAAACAAGGAAAUGAAAACUUUUCGGUUUGCAUCUACGACGCGCCCGAACCACCAUUGAAAGUAAAUUUGGAUCGUAAAAGAGCACGCAACAAAAUAAUCCACGGAAUAACUAGCGACUUUUUUCAAUGCGAACAAUGCAAAGCAGUUUUUCGGAGCCACGAUCUGUGGCAGACACAUAGAACUAGACACGACAUGGAAAAGCGUUUUACCUGCCCCACUUGCAAGAAGCAGUUCCGAUCGGCAUCGACGCUGAAAGUGCAUCGGCGAACACACACUAACGAACGGCCGUAUGUUUGUGAUGUAUGUGAAAAGGCUUUCAGGACUUUCAGUCAGAUUAAAGCCCACCGUCACGUUCAUAAGCCAGACAUAAAACCUAUCAAAUGUGAACAUUGUUCAUAUAGAACGGCUACUCGCUCGUCGUUAGCCAUACACUUGAGAUCUCAUGUGGAUGCCAAACCAUACGUUUGUGCGGUGUGUAAAGCUGGUUUUGGAACUUCCAGUAAUAUGCACAAACACGUCAGACAUAUGCAUGAAAAACUAAGACCUUUUAAGUGCGAGCAAUGCGACAAAACUUUCACCACUAAAGAAACUGUCCAGAAGCACAUGGUUACUCACACUCGAUCCAAGCCUUAUCCAUGUCCGGAAUGCAGCAUACAGUACAGCUGGUACAAUGGACUGCAGAAACACAUGAAAGCCAUGCACGCAGGAAAACCAAUACCGACUGAAAAGACAAUGUUCGAUCAGUUUAACCAGAAACAGGCAACAAAGACGUCGAAUAUGAAAACUCAUUAAACGGUGAUUACACAACCUAAAUUAUAACUAAAGUAUUGUGAAUCAUGAUGACUGCUUAGUAUAUUAUGCCACUAAAUCUCGGUACGUAAAUUAUGA